UUUUUUGUUUAUAUGCGCAAAGGUAAAGGUAGUAUUCAGUCUGUUUGUGUUUGUAUAAUAGAGAACUUCUCUAAGAGAAGAGAAAGGUCUUAUAAACAUACUCAACACUAAAUUAUCUCUGAUGGCAGAAGGUAAAGAAUUAGUUUCGUAUACUUGCCAAAGAUGUUCCCAAGCGCUGAAACUAGAUGAUUCUUUAAAUUCUUUCAGUGAACACAUUCAAGCAGAGUUGAAUCUACCCAUACACUCAAAUCCGGACGUCGAUUUGGAAUCACAGGCCACAAGUUUUGAUCAUUAUGUACCUCCUUGUAGAUUCUCUGACUCUGGCAAUGGAGCAAAUGGCUUUAUGCUUAUAUCAAAUGACAAAGAAGUUGAUUUACUAAGUCAACAUUUUAAGGUUCAGGCAGAACUUUUUGAAACCCUCUCAGGACAGUCUGAUAUUGAUCAUCCGCUCUGUGAUUCAUGUGCAGAUAGUUUAACAGAUAUAUUAGAAUCACAACUGAAAGCAGCUCAAGAGGACUACAGAGAUUACAACGCAUAUUUACGAAAAUUGAAGUCUGAAGCAGAUAAUGAACCUAAUAUUGAGUAUUUAGAAAAAGAAUUAGGGGAUCUGAAAGCUGAAGAGACGAGGUUAUUGGACGAAUUGCAUGCUCUCCAAAAAGAAGAAGCUGAAACGUUGAAAGCCAUUGAGGAGCAAGAGAAAAUAGCUGAAAAAAUUUCCGAAGAGGAAGACAAAUAUUGGAGAGAAUAUACCAGACAGAGAAGGGACUUUAUGGUUCUUGAAGACGAAGGGAGAAGUUUGGAAUGCCAGUUGAAUUACAUGACUGUUCAGCUUGAUAAAUUGCAGAGGAAAAAUGUUUUCAAUGCGACUUUCCAUAUAUGGCAUAAAGGUCACUUUGGAACUAUCAACAAUUUUCGAUUAGGUCGUCUUCCUUCGGCUCCUGUGGACUGGUCUGAAAUAAAUGCAGCUUGGGGCCAAACUGCUUUACUUCUUUCAGCUCUAGCAAGAAAAAUCAAUCUCACGUUCGAGCGUUACAGACUAGUGCCAUUCGGCAAUCAUUCGCAUAUUAUUGUUCUUGAGGAUGAAAAAGAACUUCCUUUGUAUUGUUCUGGAGGCUUCAAAUUUUUGUGGGACACCAAGUUCGACAGCGGCAUGGUGGCAUUUUUAGAUUGUGUCCAACAAUUCCAGGAGAAGGUGGAAAAACUCGAAAAGGGAGAAAAAGCUUUUUGUUUUCCGUACAGAACCACCAGUAAGGGAAAAAUCGAAGAUAAAGAUGCCAGUUACUCUAUCAAGAUACAGUUGAAUUCCGAGGAGCAGUGGACUAAGGCCCUCAAGUUCAUGUUAACCAACCUGAAAUGGGGGCUCGCCUGGGUAUCAUCUCAGUUCAAUGAAGAAUUGGAAUCAGAUAGUUAGAACCGUUUCACCAGAGUGUGUUAUUAGGAUCAGUAAUUGCAAUGUAAUAGUAAAUAAUGAAAUAUUUUUGUUACAAAACAGUGA